AUGCAAGUUUGCUUCGCUUGGCUCGAGGCUCACCGCAACCCGCCAGAUUCUCCAGAGGUGGGCGGAGAGGAAGAGCAUGCGGGGGGGACAGAUGAGGCGACUGCGGAGGAGAGGAGCGAGGGACAUAGUGAGCAUGGUUCUGAGGACGAGGAUGACAAGGGGCAAGGCAAUGAAGUAGAGGGGCUGCCAAAGGAGGAGGAGAGCAGAGAGGAAGUAGACAAAGAGGAGGAUAAAGAAGCGAUAACUAACCAGGGGGGAAAGAAUAAUAAGAACAAGGAGAUGGCAGGUAAGAAGGGAGAUGAAAGCGAGGAAGAAGAGGAUCAAACAAAGCAGAAGGGGAAAAAGACAAACACAAAGAACACGACUAAAAGCAAGAAAGUGAAAAAGAACAAGCAGAAGCGUCGUCAACAAUGA